UUCUUCUCUUUGUCAUUAUGGCCGUCAUGUCCACAUACUUUGCAAGUAAACUUCCUCAUGCGGCAAUGCUUUUUGUGUCAGACUUCCUCUGUGCAAAUUGCAUUCACUUCCUCAACAGCGCAGCAGCCAGUCUUCGUCCGCGCGGACGUCCGACAGGGAGCAGAGCCUCCGCGAGCGAGCGAAGAGUAUGUGCGGGUGCUUGAAGUGCUGAAGCCCCCGCAGACAUGCAGAGUAUCAAGUGCGUGGUGGUGGGCGAUGGUGCAGUAGGCAAGACCUGCCUGCUCAUCUCCUACACCACCAACGCCUUCCCCAGGGAGUACAUCCCCACCGUCUUCGACAACUACAGCUCCCAGCUGACCGUGGAUGGACGUGCCAUUAGCCUGAAUCUGUGGGACACAGCAGGCCAAGAGGAGUAUGACCGCCUGCGCACGCUUUCUUACCCACAGACCAAUGUCUUCGUCAUCUGCUUCUCCAUUGCCAGCCCACCCUCGUACGAAAAUGUGCGGCUGAAAUGGCACCCUGAGUUGAGGCCUGGACUGGAAGCUUUGCAGAGGAAGCUGGCGGUUCCUCGGUCUGUCAUUGGUUGUGUCAAGAAGAUGGAAAUUACCUGGUUGGACAGAAUUUGCUGUUGGUCCUGUCCUUUCAUUGGACUGCAAGGCGUUUCUGCAGACUCCUCCUUGGUUUUUACCUCUCCAUGCAGUUUCUACCGUUGCUCUUUUUAUUGCUUUUUAUUCCCUUCACGUGUCAGUAUCAGGCUUGCCUUUUCGUCCUUAGAUGCAGUGCUCCUCCGCUCUGGGUCUUUCUCUGGGCGAGACUGCUGACCUCAUUCUCUUUAGCCUCAUGGGAUGCUGUUGGCCUUCUACAUCUUGCUCGACUCCAGUACCACUGCUGCUCUCUCGCUUUGUGCGAGGCCCAUAGUGCCAGCUAUGCAGGCAGUGUGAAGUACGUAUGAAAUCAUUAAUGAAGUAAAGCAACAAGACUUAGUCACCGGCCUCAUACAGAAAAACAGGACUUACAAGUCUGAGUGCUGAAGGAGCCUAGAGGCUCAGCUCCUGGUCUUCAGCUGCCUUUUUUCAUUGCCUCAUAUUUUUGCUGUUCACUAAAUGUAUGAGUGUGUCCUAGACAUCUCUAAUAGCCUGUUGGCAUAAACUCAGAUCUAAACCUAGCAAUGCCUUUAUAGGAGGCUGAGUUUUUUUUAAAAAUAUGUUUUUGAAAAAACAAAUUGUAUUUACCGUUUUCAUACCCUUAUUCAUUCUGCCUGCUUUUCCAGACAUAUUGAUGUGAGCAGCACUAUUAGUGAAUGAAGAAUUCUUUUGACCACUUGGGUCAGAAGGGCAAUUCUGAUCUGAUGGACAAGCAGUGCUGAUGCUUAGUAGCAGAGGCUGACGACACUUGAGAGCAAGGGGAGAAAUUUGUCUCCUCCACUAUUCAGUCUGCUAGUAAUGUCAGUUCUGCUAGUCUCACAAAUAACGUGAUUCACAGCAGAGAUCAGAAAAUAACUUUUCUUUUUUAAUUGUAAACAAAUAUUAAUAUAAAACUUGAAGAGUACUGGCAGCCAUCCAACCUGAAACCAAAAUUUGUGUACUUCCAGAAUUUAAGACUGAGGAGGAAUGCGAUUGGUAUGAAAAGAUCUCCAAAGAUGUUUAAAUGAUGUUGUUUUAAUUACAUUUUUGUUAUGGCUGCUUUAAAGAAAAUUUCACUGUUGUGUGGAUUUGACAUGAACUCCAUUUAAUAUCCUUACUUCACUUAGUUAUGCUUGGCCUAAUGAAAUUGAUCAAAUCUGUUAUAACUCACUGCCUUUAUGAUUGUUUAAAAAAAAAAAUGUACCCUUAAAAAGUGAGUGCAAAACAGUAUGCAUUUGUAAGAUGUGUGAAAACAUGCCGCAUAUACUGUUAAACAUAUAUUUGGCUAUUGCAACUUUCAUUAAAAAAAAUCAUUAAAAAUGGGCAUAAUAUUUUACAGUAGACAACAGUAAUGCUUAUUACAGAAUUUGUUACAUAAUUUCACACCCUAAAAUUGACUUUUUUACAUCAGACAAUUACAAUUUACUGAUAAACAAAAAUGAGGACGUUGAUAGGUAUAUAUUUACCAUGGUAAAACAUGUUUAACUGGGUUUUACGAUGACAAGAUUAUGCUUUGUUUUCCUGCUUAGAUGACUUUCUGCUGUUAAGAGCAGUUGGAUUGUGCUAUACUGGAUUACAGGAAAUAAUCUUCCUCUUUAAUAGCUUUGGAUCAUCCACACAAACAGGCCCCCAGGGUUUUGACAUGCAAAAACAACGUUAAAGUAUUGUGGUUACUGUGGUCCUAAUUACUUUUGGAAACCUAGGUGAAUGUAUGUAAAAUAUGCAGGCCGAUUGCUGCUAGAACACUGGUGUAAGUUUUCAGUUUUUUAAAUCUCCUUAUGAAACAUGGUUACAGAUGAGAGCAGCUUUCUGACUGUACAAUACAGAAGUAGUGCCACCACUUGAACUCUACAUAAGCAGAUAUAUUACUUUGUUACCUUAACAUAUGCAGGAUAAAUGCAGUACUUGAAAUGUCCUUCCCCCCCAGUAACUUUACGGGUUUAUAUCAAUGGAUAACACUUUUUUGUUAAAGUGUGAAUUCUGUAAUUAAAAAUAGAAUUUUUGAAUGCAGUACAAUGUGUGAGUUGCUUAACAUAUUCUGAGAUGAGGUACCACCAGUGACUCAGUGCUGGCUAAGCUUCUCUUGUGACCUGCGCUUUGUAAAUACAGUACAGACUUUGUAAAAAUGGCAUAUUUCACUCCUUAAACAAUUUGGAACAGUGCAUAUGUCAUCUUUAAUCUGGUAUUUACAUUGCUGUCUACUCUUUGUCGAAACGCCUCCGUUCCGCUUUAAUGCAACAAACUAUGGCCAUUGCUGAAUUUUCUUGGCGGGUUAGUUUGUUCUAAAGUUUCACUCUUUAACGUUCUACAUGUUAGAAACGGCAGGUUGCUUUUGCGCGUUUCAGCCCAGCUUCAAAAGCCGAAAAUGCGGUCACAAAACAUUCAUAUGCGCAAGCUAAUUUUAUUAACUCGGCUGGUUAGCGCGAGCGCGCGUGUGGCUGCCGUCUCCGCAAACAGAGUCUCGGCGUGUACUUAUUUGUUUCAAAUAAAGUGGGAGGAUUUUCUUGUCCGUGCCAGAGAACACACAGCAACAAAAAAAAAAAAAAA